CCUCCUUCUCCGUUGUGGCAGCAAAAUGUAUUUUAGAUAAGACACUAACUGAUAUAAUUGCGAAAGCGUGUGUCGUCACACAACAUCGAGGAGGGAGUUCACAUCCGACGAUUGUCCUUUAUCUGCCUGAAUCGCCGGAGUGUUGUUUGAAGACCCAACAGCUGUUUUUAAAAUUCACCUGAAGUUGUGAGCCAGCAGAGAUGAGCGGUCCAGAAGUGGCCAAAACACCAGGAGGAGGUGGCGCUCCAGGCAAGGAUGGCAAGGAGCCAGUGGCCAACGGGCAUGCUGGAGAGGGUGGCGAUGCCAACCCCUUUGCCGAGUACAUGUGGAUGGAAAAUGAAGAGGAGUACAACAGACAGGUGGAGGAGGAGCUGCUGGAGCAGGAGUUCCUGGAGCGUUGCUUCCAGGAGAUGUUGGAGGAGGAGGACCAGGAUUGGUUCAUUCCAUCACGUGACCUCAACAACCAGGGGGUUGGACAACUGCAGCAGCAGCUCAACGGUCUGUCGGUCAACGAUCACCACAGCAACAUGGAAGAGGUGGCGAGGAAGAGCAUGUUGAAUCCUGAAGCCAAGGAGUUUGUCCCGGGAAAGAAAUACUAGGAGUCCCCCUCACCCCCGCGGAGCCUCCACACACAAACACACACACACAAAAACAUUCAUUCAUUCUCAGAGACUAUAGCGGCCUCGACCGCUCACGCGUGCACACACAUACACACAGCCUCUCUACGGCGUGCUGGCAGGCCCAGUUGGGGGGUGGGGGGAUUCUUUCAUUUCCUUUCUUGAUUCUUUGAUCUUAUUUCCUGUUUAUUCCUUGUUGACAUCUUGGGGUGUAGGAUGGGUGGGGAGGCGAGUUGUGUUACAUCCCCGCUUUUGGCGCCGUUAUUCGUACAUUUCAUAUGACCGGUCCACAUCGCAAACGCUGGCGAGCCCUCGGAACCAUGGCAGCUACCGAUGACGGGAUCUUAGGAAGUGUUGUUUGAAGGUUUCCAUGGCGACAAGGUUCAGAACAUCCCAGGAGGGCCGCCCUGCCGUUUUGUGGUCCCCACUAUCUGCUCAAUCCGUUAAUGUCAUUGGACGUCAGCAGCAGCAGCGGCUUUGUUUCAAAUCAAAAUGCGAGUCCCACCCCUGCUGGUGUUGUCUGACCUGCUCAGGUGGAAUCUGGAAAUGUUUUCCCAAAAUGACCUUUGAUCCAGUGGAACCCGUUAAGUAGAAUUAAGAUAUCGCAGAACGUCUUCAGAGCCUCUUUUAAAGCCAUUCCUUGUUUUUUGUUUUUUUCUCCCCGCGGGGAGGAUUUGUUUUGAAACUCUGCCCUUGCUAGUUUGCAUCAGAAGCUCAACUCCAAAUGGGUAAGAAGGAAGAGAAAAAGCCUCUUGCGUUUAGUGUUUUUUCUGUUAGCGUGAAGGAGGAGGUGAAAUGUGCCCACUGGGUCAGUUGCACAAUUGACGCUCACCCAAAGUAGCAGAGGGGCGGAGACAUCGCUUAUCAGUGACAUCAUUGGUGUUGACUCAGAGCCUGCCUCUAAUGUUUACUUAACUGAUUUAUGAAACCAAAACUAAAUUGCCCCACGACUUCUUGUCAAUUUAAGUCGCAAUCACGUCCUUUCGUUAAUGGGGCUGAGAGCAAAGUUGGCGCUCACCUUUAAAUCCAAACAGACCGACGUCAUUUGCAUCGUGGGCUUCAAGUAUCGACGUUCUAGACCUAAAUUUGUGACCCUGUUUGGCUUGAGUUUGGACGCUUGAUGUCUCCUCCCUCUGUUAUUGAGAAAGCUCUGGUUUUCCAUGGCUGGAUGUUUGGACCUCUCCUUGGAAUUAGCAGGUUUCAAUAUCGUGCAUUGGUUCAAAACGUGUUCACUAGUGAAGUCGUGUGCCAGUCGAAUAUUUGUCGUGGCGUCAUAAGUUCACGCCGUCCAAGUAGGAGUGGUCAAACUGCCAGCGUGGGUUGAGCCCACAGGAAUCGUCUGCCAGGUUAUUAUGCAUCCUUCGGUCGUUUUUGGUGAUUUUUGUUGUGUUAGAAGACAGGAGCAGUUUAACGAGGUCCAGAUGACACAGAGAAAUAUGAACAAUAAAAGUCAUGAAAAAAGACAAAUAAAGAUGUAAAAGACAAAAUUGGUGUUUU